UCAUUCCACCAAUAACUGUGAGCAUAUUCCUCCGUAAACGUUCUGCUACAUCAUCAGCGUAGACGGAAGGCGGCCAGUGUGAAUGCGAUUUUCUGACGCAGCAGCGACGUCAACUGGUGCCGCAUUUGGAGUUCAUACUUACGAAACGAACGCCACCAACGCAUUGAACUUCACAAAGAUAACGUGCCAAUACAGCCUUCUGUUUAAUUUACGACUCGCAUAACACGAUACGAUAAUGUCGUCGGCGAUGGAGCUCUCACUUUGUUUCGAGCUCCCUGUCACUCGAGUUGCGUUUGUGUGGCUGCGGCGUUAUUUUUUACACCGUAACUUACAAAAUCACAUGCUCUACAUCAUACAGUUCCUUACGAAACAGAAUGCAAACCGCGAACGUCUGAGGGUACCACCUUCAUCGCGUAUGAUUGGUUUCGGAUAGAAUAGAAGCGAAACGCUUCACAAACACCUCGAAAAGACAUGUCGUGGGAAAAGAGCGUUUAUGUUCCCAGCUCAUUAGCGAGUCCGAGUCUACUUUAUCGGAAGACAAACAAUCUCCGGAAGUUCGACAACUGUCUAUUAUUCGCGGAACUUUAUCGCAGUCUGGGAACCCUGCUAUUUCUCCCACAAUGCAUUUCACGUACGCUAUACUGCUGACUGUUAUCGACAUGUGGCGCCUCAAGUCCAGUCCAACAGUGUUCCUUGGCCGAAACCUCUGCACGCUCCGCUAGCGAGGCUAUACGACUGACAAGUCCCGUUAGGCGACUGUGGGGUUUUCGUAGCGGUGCUUGCGACCCUUUCUUAUGGGAUCUACGUCCAGACUACGCUGGAUCGCAAUUUCUACACUUUUUGCGUUCAUCGUUACAAGCAACGUUGAUGGAAGCCAACCCUCUUCCAAAGAUGCCCCCGCUGUCCUUCCAUUCAGCUUUCCCAGCGACCUAUCUGAAGGUGCGCUUGUGCAUGUCUUCUGUUCCAUCGGCAAAGGGUCUUUGCCUAUAUAUUUCACCUGGUUCAAAGAUGGAAAGCCGAUAACGAACACCGGAGUGAAGGUGACUACCACGGAAAAGUUUUCGGCUCUCGAAAUUGUCAAGGUGACGCCAGCCGACGUUGGGAACUACACAUGUUUCGCGAAGAAUCUCCAGGGUUCAGACAGCUAUUCCAGUAUGCUGGAAGUACGAGCACCUCCGCGGUGGCUCUCCGCCCCUACAAGUGCAUCUGCCUUGGUUGGUGAUGGUGUCACACUUGCAUGUCCCGUCGCGGGAUAUCCGGCUCCCAAGAUCACGUGGCACAAGGAAACAGAAAAUGGCAAUAUCGCCCCGCUAGCCAGCACCGAUGCGAUCAACUUACUUGCAAAUGGGACUUUACUGUUUCGAAAAACUACGUACGCAGAUAAAGGGACGUAUGUAUGCGAAGCCACCAAUGGCGUGGGAGGACCACUUCAGAACCACAUCAAACUCACUUUACGAGUACCCGCUCGAUUCGAGGAAAAGAACACUGUGGUCACGGCACGCCGAUCAGAAGUCACCAGGAUGAAAUGUCAGGCGAAUGGCGACCAGCCACUUUCCAUCACCUGGUCCAAGGGGAACGUUCGGUUGGACAAACGCACCAGUGCGAGGUAUGAAGUCUUCGAGACGAUGACGUCAGACGGCCUGAUAUCGGAACUGGUCGUCCGGGAUACAGAGCGCAGCGACGGAGCGCUCUACACCUGCCACACCGAGAACAAGUACGGCAAGGACGACCGCAAAGUCAAGCUCAUCGUUCAAGAGGUACCUGGUCCACCACAAGAUGUUCGGAUCAGGGACGUAUGGAGCCGCUCUGCAAGCGUCACCUGGAGCCCGUCUUACAGCGGCAACAGUCCCAUAUCGAAGUACGUCGUUCAGUACUGGAGGGACCAUGGCACGGCGCACCGCCUAGAAGAAUUGGAAGUCACGGGUUCCAUGAACUCUGCCAUGAUACGAGAACUGUUGCCCGGGACAGCGUACGUGCUCAACAUGGUGGCAGAGAACGCCAUAGGACGUGGAGAACCCUCCAGAACUGUUGUCUUUCACACAGGCGAAGAAGAACCAGAAGCGGCCCCUGUAGACAUCAUCGUCGAAAUGAAAGGACCGUCUACUGCGUUUGUCUCGUGGAAGGCACCUCCGCGGGAACAUUGGAACGGCAACCUGCAGGGCUACUACAUAGGUUACCGUCCCCGAGAUUCGGAACUUCCAUUCUCCUACCGCCGUGUGGAAGCGUCCAAUAACGUCAGCCACGAGCACCUUCUUAGUGGGCUCCAGAGGGGCACUGAAUAUGCUUUCAUCAUCAAGGCCUACAACAGCGCAGGAUCCGGACCAGCCUCGCAGGAGAAGAUUGUAAAAACGAUGGAUGGCGAUGUUCCCGAGGCUCCGAAGUUGUUUGUGACAGCAGUGACGGCAGACACCAUGUCGUUAAGAUGGGUCAUGCAGUCCAGCAGCGACGUCACAGGAUACAAUAUCCACUACCGUCAAGAAGGAGGGACGUGGCUAGAGCUUCCCAUCGUCAAGACCGCCAACAACACGUACACGGUCACCAGCCUUCACAGUGGCUCAAUAUAUCAAGUGUAUGUGACGGCCUCCAAUGUGCUGGGGCGCGGUGACCCGAGCCCCAUACUCAUGGUGCAGACAGAAAGAAUAGCUGCAGCCGGCGAGACGUCUGCUGUUGAGCAGGCUAAUGCCGAAGAAAGAGUUCCGCUGUACUUCGACAUGGCGCUAAUGAUACCAGCAGGCGCAAUAUUCUUGGCUGUGCUCGUCAUCUUGGUCAGCACUUGUAUUUGCGUCAAGAAACUCAAGCAGACAUCAAGACCUGUGCCUGAGAUUCUUCGCUACGAUUCAUCCGCGCUCAACACGGGAACUAUGAUGUCCCAGCGGUACGUGGAAAUGGAAAAGAUGUCGGACCAGGACGUCGCCUUCCCGACGUCAUACAACACCAGCACUCUGCGGAAUGGCACAGAGCACCGAGACACCAAGGACAGGCAAGAGAUGAAGACAUACGUGCCAAAGAACCCCAUGAAGGACCGGCCACUCCCUCAGCCGGAGAACUCGCCAUUACGACACGACGACCACUACUACGACAGCGCGCAGUGAUCCCGCCGUCGGUUCGUGGCCACAAGCGACUGUCGACAUGCAGUGCUCGGACGCUCACUGUGUACCAAGGACCGUUGACAUCGACACGAACCUUUCACCGUCUGACACAGAUUAUCACGGCAGACACAAAUGCAAGCAACGUUCCAGUGACCGUAUGUGUAUCUCCCAGGUUGGAGUGGAAGCAUUGUGCGUGUUUCAUGUUUCAAGUUGCAGAGAAGCCACCUCGGCGAUGUCACGGCACAUGACGUCUGACAUUGUGCGGCAUGGGUUCGUGGUGAACAUGUGACAUAUGGUUCAUGCAGGUGGGAAAGUGGUCAGUGAAAGGCAGAAUAGUGACGCAUUAUCAAGCACGUUCGUCAUUCAGCGCAACACGCAGUAUGAUACGGAAGACGGUGCGACCGUUGAAUGCUCAACGCGGAUAUUGUCGAACGUGACGAGAAGAAAAUACUCCGUUACCCUGUCACAAUGCAGACUGAACACUGGAGAAACGAAUGUAAUUAUCAUUACACGAAUCGUGAUGGGCAGGUCGGAUCGGAUCGGUUGAGAUCGGACGAUAACACGAGGCCCCAUUCAUUGCACCCCUCCAUGUUACAAGACCAGUAGUGUGGAACACAUGUUUUCUUUUAUGCAAUAGAAUUUCGCUAUAAACGCUGAUUCAUUCGGCCGUUCCCCACCGAACCCAGCUUGCUUCACUACAACGCAAAUGCGUUCCAGUCAUACGCUCUUGCCAUUGCAAAAACUGGUCACAAGCCCGUCCGUGAUCCUUCAGUACGUUACUAGCAUAGUGAUUUAUUCGUGAGCGUUGCGGUAAAGCUACUGAGAAUGUUCGAAACGCAGUCAAAAAAUGCGUCACCGUGACGUGCAGGGUAGAGGUCACUCAGAUCUGGUGUUCAGUGUAAUACUAUUCCUAUCGCGAUCUAUGAUUCGUGAUUUCUUUUCUCUUUUUCGCGAGUGUUUCAUAACUUUUGCUCAACUAUGUGAGAAAAAAAAAAGGUCCACAUGUACUGGUGUAGUGUGCCCACGACGUCGAGGCUACACAGUAGUGUUUCUUCAUCAAAGACAUUCAUCGAUGCACCGUGCUUAUAAGAGCAGGUCUCGCAGCAGUUAUUAUGCAGUGUGAGAAACCCAGUUAUGCAUUUGGUAAAACUCUACGAAAAUUAAUAAAGACGAUUCUGAGCAAUG